AUGGCAGCAAAACAGCUGAUCUUUGAUGUAGAAGCAAGGAAUGCCCUUAAGGAAGGGGCAGAUGUACUAGCAAACGCCGUGAAAGUUACGUUGGGGCCCUGUGGAAGGAAUGUUGUUCUCCAGAAAUCCUUUGGCGCACCCGUGAUUACCAGUGACGGCGUAACGGUGGCUAAAGAAAUCGAUCUCCCAGAUCAUUAUGAGAAUAUGGGUGCUCAGUUACUGAAAUCCGUCGCAACCAAGACCAAUGAUGCAGUAGGAGAUGGUACAACCACAGCGACUGUAUUGGCACAAGAAAUCGUUCACGAAGGGCUCAAAAACGUUGCCGCCGGUGCCGAUCCAAUGCAGCUGAAAAUCGGGAUUGACAAAGCCGCUGAAGUUAUUGUUGGAGAACUUCAAAAACAGAGCAAAUCGGUCAACACCAGCGAUGAGAUUGCACAGGUCGCAUCAAUUGCCGCCAACGAUAGCGCGAAUCGCAGCGACAUUGGACAGACCGUUGCCGAUGCAAUGGAAAAAGUUGGGAAAGAUGGCGUAAUUACGAUUGAAGAUGGCAAGAGUGCUGAAACAGAGGUCGAUAUUGUUGAAGGCAUGCAAUUUGAUCGAGGCUACCUCUCCGCGCAUUUUGCGACAGAUCCCGAAUCUAUGGUUGCUGAAUUGGAAAAUCCGCUUAUCUUGAUUAACACCGGCAAAAUUAGCACAGUUACGGAUCUAGUUCCAGUUUUAGAAAAGGUCGGUCAACUUGGCCGUCCACUGCUGAUUAUUGCCGAAGAUAUUGAGGGAGAGGCUUUAGCAGUGUUGGUUGUGAACAAACUUCGUGGUGGGCUUAGAGUUGUUGCAGUGAAAGCCCCCGGCUUCGGAGACCGUCGCAAGGAGAUGCUUGAAGAUAUUGGCAUUCUCACCGGUGGUCAGGUGAUUUCAGAAGACAUCGGAAUCCGUUUGGAAAAUGUUGUAGCCGGUAUGUUGGGAAGCGCAAGGCGUAUUAUCGUUGACAAAGAUAACACAACGAUUGUUGGCGGGGCCGGUGCCACAGAGGAUGUUCAGGCACGGAUUGGACAGAUUCGACAACAGAUUGAGGAUACGACUUCUGAUUAUGAUCGGGAGAAGUUAGAAGAGCGCCUGGCAAAACUCGCUGGCGGCGUUGCUGUUGUUAAUGUAGGUGCCGCAACAGAAGUUGAGAUGAAGGAGAAAAAGGCACGAUUUGAAGAUGCCUUGUCUGCAACCCGCGCAGCCGUUGAAGAGGGAAUCGUCACGGGCGGUGGCAUCGCAUUGCUAAGAGCAGGUUCCGCGCUUGAAGAUUUUCAUCUUGAGGGCGACCAAGAAACAGGCGUGAACAUUGUCCGACGAGUCUUAGAAUCACCUAUCCGAACCAUCGCCGAGAACGCAGGCUUGGAAGGAUCCGUUGUUGCUGCGAAAGUCAAAGAUGGUGAGGAAAGCUACGGCUUGAAUGCCGCGACCGGAGAGUACGGAGAUCUGCUUGAGGCAGGAAUCGUUGAUCCGACGAAGGUGGUACGAUCUGCAAUUCAAAAUGGUGCGAGUGUCGCAGGACUGCUGUUGACAACCGAGACGUUAAUAACAGAGGUAGAGGAAGAGCCAGAAGACCAUGAACAUCAUGGGCAUGGACAUGGGCACCAUCACCAUUAA